CCUCGGCGCUGAUUAAAACAUAAUGAGGGGUGCCUGGGGGGGCUCAGGCAGGCGUCCAACUCUUGAUUUCAGCUCAGGUCGUGAUCUCACGGUUCGUGGGUUUGAGCCCCGCAUCAGGCUCCACGUUCACAGUGCAGAGCCUGCUUGGGAUUCUCUCUCUCUUUCUCGCUCUCAAAAUAAAUAAAUCAACAACAAACAUAAUGAGGGCCCUGGCCAAGUCUGGGUAGCCAAGAAGAGCCUCCCGGAAGAAGGACCCCUUGAGGGGAGCUCUGAAGGAUAAGCAGGAAUUAAUUAGAUAAGGGAGUAAAGAUAAGAGAAUCCUGUGCCAAGGUCCUGAGGUAGGAAGGCAUAAGGUAUGUUCCAGAGAUGAGGUUACUGAGGCAAUCAGAGGCUGCAUAAUAUAGGGGCCUUUUGACCACAGUAAUGAUUCUAUUCUUCAUCCUAAGACCAUCGGUAACUGCUUGGGCUAUUGCACUGGCCCACCUAGGAAGCAACUGCGUUAGGGCAGCAGCGGUGGAAAGAAGUGACGGGAGUGAGAAAUCCUCAGGAGAUGAAGUUAACAGGCGUUCAUACUGAAUGGGACACACAGUGUGACGGAAAGAAGGACAGUCGUCGGGGACAAUUUCCGGGUUUCUGGCUUGUGCAACUGGAUGAGAUAGAGAAUAUUUGCAGAAGACAAGGUUGGCUUAAUACCAAAACGUCCCCAGCAGCCAACCAGGCACCUGGCCCGGAGGAAAAGGGGAAGGCCAACAGUGCCAAGAAGGCUGAGGAGGAAGAGGAGAUUGAUAUUGAUCUGACAGCACCGGAAACAGAGAAGGCCGCCCUUGCCAUUCAGGGCAAGUUCCGGAGAUUCCAGAAAAGGAAAAAGGAUCCUAGCCCCUGAAUAACCAGGCUUGCCCUCCCCCCCCCCUUCUCUCCCCUCCUCCACAGUUCCCACUCCUGUGUGUCCCUCUCGCCUCUUGUCGAGGCAAGUUCGACCCUUAGAUAUUAUUUUCUCUGAUCGCCCCCUCCAGCCAUCGCCGCAGUGGAAGCACGAGGAACAUGGGGAAGAUGGAGAACCCAGUUGGCAGCCACCUGCCUGAGGUGGGCCGGUUUCUCCUCGGGAUAAGCCUCCUUCGUCGGUACCUGUGCCUCGCCUGUGAGGUUGAGGGGCAAGAGGCUUUGAGGCUGAGACAGGGGCCCCCGCCAGCGUGGGAGGGAGGGGAAAGCCUUCAGAGCAGGGCGCCGAGGGGGGGGGGGGCACCAGCACCGUUCUGCCAGCUACAACAUUCACACUUCAGGUAACGGGUUUUGCCGCUCACAUCCUUCUGCGCCACCGCAUCCACCCACCCUCUUAGGAUCUGGGUGACAGUGGGGACUGGAGCCCCCCCCCCCCAGGGGGACCCAAAUCAAGCACCUUCCACGUUAUUGCAUGCCGAGUAGAGGAGUUCCCAGGAAGGGACGCUUCAUCAUCCAGUCUGCGACCAUAAGAGGCAGAGGCAGAGGCAGAGCGGGUUCCGAGGGUCAAGGGCAGGGAGACGGGACUAGAGCCGAUCUGGAGAGGACAGGAGCGUGGGGGGGGGGGGGCCUUCUGGAGACCCAGCUACUGCUGGGAGAUGUGUACCCAGAUGAAGGGUUUCCGGGACUUUGCUAACCUGCCUACCUCUAACCUCCCACAUCUGGCCAUCCCUGAAGGCCGCCAAACCAAGUGACCCCUGGAGUCCCCACCUACCCUGCCGCGGAGUCCGAGCGGAAGUGACAUAGCCCCUCUGUGUGAUUUUAGCAUGUUCAAUGAUGAUUAAAGAAAAAAACAAACCCUCCAGUGGGGUCAUUCGA